CGACAAACACUGUCCAUCGGCACGGGAGCGUCCGUGUUAAUUUCUCUCGUCCGUAGCUUUUUCCCUUUUAUUUCCUUCUCAUCAUGCAGCUUUCAAGAUUAUUUCUGGUGUUCGGGGUCAUCGUCGGUGCCGCAGGACAGAAACACGAGUGCGAGCGCCAGUGCGUAGCAGGCGACACACGCACGUGCAUGUACGAGUUUAACAUCAUCGAAUACCACACGCUGAGCCGUGCGUGCUACGACUGCCCCAACACCCUCAGCGACUGUACACGCGAGGAGUGCAUCGUGGCGGACGGCGCGUCGAGGCCUCUGCUCACCGUCAACCGCCAGCUGCCGGGACCUGCCAUACAGGUGUGCGAGGGCGACCGCGUGGUGGUGGACGUGCACAACACACAGUUCUCGGACACGGACACGAUCCACUGGCACGGACAGCACAUGCGCAGCCACCAAUACUACGACGGCGUGCCCUUCGUCACCCAGUGCCCCAUCAUGGGCUCCUUCCGCUACGACUUCCCCGCAGCCACGCCAGGCACGCACUGGUGGCACUCGCACGCAGGCGUGCACCGCGGGGACGGCCUGUUCGGGGCCUUCGUGGUGCGGCAGGCGGAGGACAGCCUGCAUGGCGCCUACGAGGUGGACUCCCCCGAUCAUGUGCUGAUCCUGCACGACUGGUUCCACGGGAGCACGAACAGCGAGUUCCUUGGCUUCCAACACAGCAAAUCCUUGGGCGUCGCCAACACGAUCCUCCUGAACGGCAAAGGCAGAGAUUUGCACGCUAAGGAGGAGGGUCGGGAAGUUGUGAACACGCCCCUUGAGAUCCUGCAGGUGACUCCUGGCCUUCGUCAUCGCCUCCGCAUCGUCAGCGCCUCCAGCUACAUCUGCCCCAUGGCCGUCAGCAUCGACAAUCACAGGCUGACGGUCGUCGCUGUCGACGGAGCUGAGGUCGUUCCUCGCACUGUCGACGUUCUGGAGAUCAUCUCAGGCGAAAGAGUCGAUGUCGUGUUGGAAGCGAAUCAACCGGUGGAUAACUAUUGGAUUCAGGUUCACGGACUUGUUGAAUGCAGUGCCCAGCAGUGCAUGCAAGCGGCAGUACUACGCUACGAAGGCGCUCCCGAAACUGAACCUUCGGGACUCCCGGAAUACAACCCUUUUCCUCCUGGCGCUAUUCUAAACCCGUUGUUCCCGAUGGCUGUUGAAGAGGCGGUGGACAUAGCCGACCUGGACGCCCUCACUCCGUCAACCCUUCCUCAGGAGGUCGACAAGCAGUUCCACAUUCUGUUCAGCAUGAACGCAGUCAACAAUUCCUUUUUCUUCAACCAGCAGCUUUAUCCUUUCAAUGGUGUUUCGCCAGAAUGGCAGCGGGAGAGUCCGCAAGUAAACGACCUUACAUUCGCGUUCCCUCAAGCCCCGCCCCUUUCUCAGCCUCACAACAGCAUUCCGAAACUCUGCCUCUACGGCCAGGACGUGUCCCCGUUCUGCGAGGGAGACUUCUGCCAGUGCACGUACGUCGUGGAGGUGGACCUCGGGGACACGGUGGAGAUGGUGCUCGUGUCCGAAGGGUACCAUCCGUUCCACCUCCACGGCUACUACUUCCACGUGGUAGCCAUGGGAGUGAUCGGCCCCGGCACAACUGUCCAGGACGUGAUGGACUUGGACGCAGCAGGAGGUAUCACCAGGAAGCUGCAGGACGCCCCGCUGAAGGACACGGUCCUGGUGCCCAACGGAGGCUACACUGUCAUCCGGUUCACUGCCGACAACCCAGGCUGGUGGAUCAUGCACUGCCACUUCAUGUACCACUCGGAGAUGGGCAUGGCGGCCCUCCUGCACGUGGGCACCGAGGGGGACCUGCCGCCCGUCCCUCAAGGCUUCCCCUCCUGCGGGCCCUUCCUGCCGGAGAUCUAGGCUCCUCAGGUGGCGUUCCUGACGAGGCUUGUGUGGUCUGAUUUAUCUAUUAUUUCUCGCUGUAUAUUGCCCUUUGUAUAAAUGUAAGAUUAAGAGGAAUUCGUUCAA